AUGCAAAAAUGCAAGCUUCCUUUCCACCGGCAGUGGUUACUUGUGACAAGUCGAAAAUAUGUCUGUCCUUCUUGUCGGGCUCGUUUCUCAACUUCGACUCGAAAACAUGAUUCGCGCCCUUUUGGUACCCGUCUUCGAGCAGCUCUCAGGGACACCAAGAUAGAAUGGAAGCCAAUUCCAGUAGGGCUUGGAAUUGCGUCCGUCGGUGCAUUGCAGCUGUAUCGUAUACAAGCCAGGGAAAGGAGACGGCAAGAAGAGGAGGAUCAGGCCAAAGACGAGGCAAAGACCGCCGAAGAUCAUUCAAAGCACCCGCCUAGGAAGCGAGAGCGUAUACGUCCAAGCGGGCCAUGGCAAGUCCAAAUAAUGUCUACGUUGCCCCUCAAAGGACUCUCACGGCUAUGGGGCCGAUUCAACGAAUUAGAGAUCCCAUACUACUUGCGUGUACCAGGUUUUCGGCUCUAUAGCUUCCUAUUCGGUGUCAAUCUAUCGGAAGCUUCUGAGACAGAUCUACACAACUACAAUAACUUAGCAUCCUUCUUCUACCGGAGUCUGAAGGCUGGAGUUCGUUCAGUCGAUCCAGAUAGCUCUGCUCUGCUUUCGCCUGCAGACGGAAAGAUAUUACAGUUUGGUACGGUUGAAAGAGGUGAAGUUGAGCAAGUCAAGGGUGUGACCUACUCGUUGGACGCACUCUUAGGUCGGGAAACCUCAAGAUCAACAGUGGUCAAGGAACAUAUAGCAGACGAUGAGAAGGACAAGUUCAAUGACAAGGAGGCAGAAAGGGCAGACGAAGAAUUCGCAAAGUUAAAUGGUAUCUCCUACACGCUGCCAAAUUUAUUCUCGGGGCCAGAGUCUCACGAGAAUUCCACAUCCAUCGAUGCAUCGACGAACCCUAAGUCCUCGUCAGAAGCAGAAGUACGUGCCGAUCUUGCCCUGGGCGAUGGCAGUAGCAAGUCCUGGUUCUCGCCCAAACAGAGGACACCAACAACGCUCCAUUACGUUGUAAUUUAUCUCGCGCCAGGAGAUUACCAUCGAUUCCAUAGCCCAGCGUCCUGGGUCGUGUCUAUCCGUCGGCAUUUUGCAGGGGAGCUAUACUCCGUGUCUCCAUGGCUUCAAAAGAAGCUGCCCGGCCUCUUCACACUCAACGAACGAGUUGUGCUUCUAGGUCGGUGGCGUUGGGGUUUUUUUAGCUUUAUUCCAGUCGGUGCGACAAAUGUGGGCUCAAUAAAGAUAAACUUCGACAGAGAGCUUCGCACCAACAGUUUGGUAACAGAUACCGAGGCGGAUAAAGCUGCUGAAGAGGCAUCAAGCCGAGGUGAACCGUAUUCGGGCUAUGCUUCUGCAACCUAUAUGGAAGCUAGCAAAGUUUUAGGGGGUCACGCUCUGAAACGCGGCGAGGAGAUUGGAGGCUUUCAGCUUGGCUCUUCAAUCGUCUUGGUCUUCGAGGCACCGACGGGAAGUAGAAAGAGCCUUGACGAAGGCUGGGACGGCGGUGCGAGGGGAGGGGGAUGGAAAUGGGCGGUGAAGAAAGGCCAACAUGUCAAUUACGGGCAAGCCAUUGGCCAUGUACUUGAGUGA